GCACGAUGCACAAACUACACUGACGUCCCCACCGCGCCAUCUUCAUAAAAAAGCCUAGUGUGGAGGUUGAAUGAAAGCCGUGGCUUUUUUUUUUGUUGAAAGAAACCUUUGCUGCAUGGAGUGAUAUUCUUGCUUUUCAAGGUGGUCUUGUCAGUUUUUGUGAUCAUGGGGGUCAAGAUUCAACGUUCUCGGUGCUUCCUUGACAUCGGCAUUGGAAAUGUACUAGUUGGCCGCAUCGUUGUUGAACUGUUUUCGGACGUCUGCCCCAAAACAUGUGAGAACUUCCGAUGCCUUUGCACAGGUGAGAAAGGCAUCGGUAAAGGAACGCAGAAACCUCUCCAUUACAAAGGAUGUCUGUUCCAUCGGAUUGUGAAAGACUUCAUGAUUCAAGGAGGGGACUUCAGUGAAGGUAAUGGAAGAGGAGGUGAAUCCAUCUAUGGGGGCUUUUUUGAAGAUGAAAGCUUUGCUGAAAAACACAACAAGGAGUAUCUGCUGUCUAUGGCGAACAGGGGAAAGGAUACAAAUGGAUCACAGUUUUUCAUAACAACAAAACCAACUCCUCAUCUGGAUGGCGUCCAUGUGGUUUUUGGGCAUGUGAUUUCUGGUCAAGAGGUUGUACAAACCAUGGAGAACCAGAAAACAGAUCCUAAUAGCAGACCGUAUGCAGAAGUCAAGGUCUUGAACUGUGGUGAACUUGUCCCAAAAUCAAAAGCAAAGAAACACAACAAAAAGAAAGAGAGGGCCUCGUCAGGUUCCAGUGGUAGUUCCAGUGACUCUGACAGCACCUCGGAAUCCUCCUCAGAUUCGGAAGAAUCUGACAAAGAGUCUAAGAAGCAAAAGAAGAAGGCCAAAAAGCAAAAGAAGAAACAGAAGAAGAAGGACAAGAAGAAUCCAAAGCCUGAAAUCGUUGAAGAGAAAGAACAAGAAGAGGUGGUCACAUCUACCGUGCGUCCUGAAGAAAUACCUCCAGUCCCUGAGAAUCGAUUCCUCAUGAGGAGAAGCCCCCCGAUCGUCGAUAAGGAAAAAGAGCCCGAGAAGGACCAGCGCAAUAGAGAAGAACGACCAAGAGACAGCUCUGGCAUGAGAAACAACUCUCAGUCAACCUAUAACAGAAGACUGGUCAUGACACGAUCUGGCAGGAAGAUAAAAGGCAGGGGCCCCAGGAGAUACAGAACUCCUUCACGUUCUCGUUCAAGAUCCAGGGAUCGUUUUCGGCGUAGUGAAACUCCUCCCCACUGGCGUCUAGAGCUGCAGCGCCAGAGGAUGAGAGCAGUCACAGGAGAGCGUUGGAUUAAGGGAGACAGAGGUGACAUGAGUGAGGACAAGGACGAGGCUGCUAACUCUCAGAGGAGAGAACGACAGACCUCUGUGACCAAGCAGGAACACGGAGAUGAGGGUAAAAAGGACAAGAAAGCUCGAUCUCGGAGAUCUAAAAGCAAGGACGACUCUGCAGAAAAGGGUGAGAAGCAAAGCAAGCAGAAGGACAAGAAAAGGGCCAAAUCUAAAAGCCGCAGUAAAAGCAGAGACAAAAGUAGGAGGUCAAAAAGCAAAGAAAAGAGUCACAAGCAUAGAAGUAGUGACAAGAAAGAUCGCUCAAGGAGUAAAGACCGAAGUGCGAAUAGGAAAGAAAAGGAGUCUGAAUCUGACCCCUGCAAAGAAAAAAACAAGGAGAAGGAGUCUAAUGAGAAGCAGAAAGCAGAUUCAAAAACAAGCAACGGCGAGAAAACAAGGACCAAGUCACAAAGCAAAGAGCGAAAUUCUAAGGACGGGCGCAGAUCAAGAAGCAGAAACCGAGAGAAGGGCAGACGCGCUGGCUCCAAGGAGAAAGAGGAAAAACGAGACAAAGACCGAGAGCGGGGCAGGGAACGCAGCAGGAGCCCACACAGGCGCCACGACGACAACAAGGAAGAUAAAAGGCGGAGAACACGGAGUCGGGAGCGUGGGAAAAGUCCCGACAGAAGCAAGAGAUCGAGCAGGCGUUCCAGAAGCAAGAGCAGUAGGAGAGGACGCAGCAAAGAUCACGCCACGCCUCGUAAGGACAGCCAGAGGAGACGACGAAGCAGCAGCAGCAGCAGCAGCUCUGAUAGAGAUGAUAGACGCAAGCGCCGCAAGAGCCCAGAUUCCAAGCGCAGAAGAUCCAAAAGCACCUCCAAAGACAGAAAAAGAGUGGACACGAAAGGCAAGAACGACAGCAAGAGGAAUCACUCGAGCUCCAGUUCCAGCUCCGACAGCGACUGAGACCAGUCUUUACUCGAUGCUCAUCCAGCAUGCAGCUCUAUCUUUCAGCCUGCUUUCUGACAUUCCUCACAGUCCAUCCACAAUAUUUGCCAACUUCAAGAUCCUAAACAUUAAAGGAGAGGCUGCACCAGAUGAAUGCCAUGCUGGAAAAUCCAUUAGGAACAAUAGACCAGAGUCGUUUGAGCUUUUGGAAAGAAUAAAA